ACAGACGUGGAAUGACUUCACGCCUCUGUCGAGUAUUUCAAUGGUUUUACGUGUUCGUUCGUAUCGUAAGUUAGACAGCAGGCUGGGCCAUCGUGCGACCUGUCGUCGAAAACCAUUCUCUCGAUAGACCCGAAAAAGUUUCGCGUAACGUCACUAAAAAACUCGUAGCGGCUGACACAUUGGUCAGGCAGACUGGAAUCAGUGAGUGAGCGAAAGAGAAAGAAGGAGAGAGUGCGGGAAAGGGAAAAAGAAGGAAGGAGGAGGAUACGGCGUGAAAGACAGGGGACUGACGUGUUGCAGGCGUAUCGGACGUGUGCGGCCGAACACACCGACGAAAUACGUAUUGCGGUACGCGCGCGAGUUUUACCGUUCAUUCAAGAAUGUUUUAAUUACGAGAGGUCCUCGCGGUCUUAACCGAGCCCUUCGCGACGGCAGUGAUACGUCGUGGCGUUACACCUGAGGAUUAACCGUUUUUAACGGACGUGUCGCACCGCUCGAGGAAGAGACAACGCCGACAGAGAUGUUGAAGUUUAUCAGAGGGAAGGGCCAACAACCUACGGCCGAGCGACAGAAACUGCAAAAGGAUCUUUUUGCCUUUCGAAAGACAGUGCAGCAUGGGUUCCCAAACAAACCCACAGCCCUUGCAUGGGAUCCGAGUUUACGGCUGAUGAUCAUUGGCACGGCAUCCGGCGCCAUCAAGGUAUUUGGUAGGCCAGGUGUGGAAUUCUAUGGACAACACACCAUUGAAAGCGGGGAAAAUGCUGUGACAAAGAUCGUCGCCCUGCCCAACGAGGGUCGCGUAGUUUCUCUCUGCGAUGACAACUCUCUUCACUUAUGGGAGAUCAACGAGAGUUCGGUCGUGGAGACCAAGUCGCUCUCGUUGGAAGGCAAAUUGAAGAAAAUCUCGGCGAUGUGUCUCGAGUCGAGCGGCGAACACCUGCUCCUGGGAACGGAGGGCGGGAACAUCUAUCUUCUAAACCUGAAAACAUUUGUGAUGCCUGACAAUAUUAUCUACCAAGAUGUCGUGAUGCAAAACGUGCCAGACGAUUACAAGAAGAAUCCAGGAGCGGUCGAGGCGAUAGCGGAACAACCAGGUCACCCAGACAAUAUUCUGAUAGGUUACAAUCGUGGUUUAAUGGUUUUGUGGAACAAAGCGACUCCUGGAGCCCAGCAGCUGAUGGGUUUGUUUUCGCGUGCGCAGACAUUCGUCUCCACGCAACAGCUGGAAUCUGUCCAUUGGGUCUCCGAGACCCGUUUUGUUUCCUCCCACAACGAUGGAUCGUAUGCAUUUUGGAGUCCAGGCAGCGAUAGCAUGUUGGACUCGACUACACCCUAUGGACCAUUCCCGUGUAAAGCUGUCACUAAAAUUCUCGUCUAUCCGACUGCAGAACAUGGAGAACUGGUUUUAUUUUCGGGUGGAAUGCAACGUGCAAGUUAUGGCGAUCGUCACACCAUUACUGUUAUGGCGAAAGAAAGAAAACAUGUUGUUUUUGAUUUUACAUCAAAGGUGAUCGACUUUUUUACUGUAUUUCCUAAACAAGAAGAUGGGAAAGAUACUCCUGAUAACCCAGAAGCGCUUAUAGUAUUGGCUGAAGAAGAGAUCGUAGCCAUUGAUUUGACUAAUCCCGAGUGGAAAAUGAUGGCAUUACCAUAUUUAGUAUCUCUCCAUGCAAGCGCGGUUACUUGUUCACAACAUGUUCCAAAUGUCCCCGACGAAUUGUGGGACAAUAUCAUCAUAGCUGGGAAAGCACAAACGGAACAUUUAUACUCGGAUAAACCAUGGCCUAUAGACGGUGGAAUUAUUCUUAAUCAGAAAUCGGGAAACGAUAAACCAAAAGGCAAAGAAUUAUUACUUACUGGUCAUGAAGAUGGAACUGUGAGGUUCUGGAAUGCAUCCGACGUUGCUCUAACACCUCUAUACAAAUACAACUCGUCUAUCUUGUUUACUGGCGAACACCUGGAUGUUCUUGAACAACCACCGGAAGAUGACGAGGAUGAGUGGCCACCAUUUAGAAAAGUUGGAACCUUUGAUCCAUACUCUGAUGACCCGAGGCUGGCAGUGAAAAAAGUUUUACUUUGUCCAUUGUCAUCUACGUUAGUUGUUGCUGGCACGGCUGGGCACAUAAUUACAGCCACCAUAUCAUCUGAACCUGUAAACAAGGAGAUCAAAGCUAUUACGAUGAACAUUGUGAACGAUCGCGAUGGAUUUGUUUGGAAAGGUCAUGAUCAUCUGCCGGCAAGAACAACCAGCAUAUCUUUCGCAGUCGGUUUUCAACCGCAAAGUCUUCUUCAAUUAUAUCCGCCGGCUGCGGUUACAGCAUUAGCUAUACACAGUGAAUGGGGAUUACUUGCUGCAGGCACAGCUCAUGGUUUAGCUGUUUUCGAUUAUACAAGAGCAAAGGCUGUCAACGUGAAGUGUACGCUCAACCCAAAUGAUCUUUCAGGAGCAGGUGAUACACCGAUUUCUAGAAGAAAAUCGUUCAAGAAAUCACUAAGGGAGUCUUUCAGAAGAUUGAGGAAAGGAAGAUCACAACGUCGAACGAAUGCUAGUAGUCCAACUAGAAAUGCGGCACCAGAAAAGAAGAAAGAAACGUCCAGUGUUGCUUCUUCACCGAGUGCUGAUCUUUCCCCUGUAGAAUUAAAACCUGUGGAAAGACAAGUGGAAGCAAGACCUGUAGAUGAUGCAUUGGGUUCAAUGGUUCGAUGUUUAUACUUUGCUAGGAGUUACAUUAUAAGCAUGCAAAAUACGAUGCCCACACUUUGGGCGGGUACCAAUAACGGUACAGUUUAUGUUUUCACGUUAGCGAUCCCUGCUGGUGUUAGAAGAACAGAAGAGGAUGUAAAUUGUACAUUAGGAAAAGAGAUUCAAUUAAAGCAUAGAGCACCUGUAAUUGCAAUCACAAUUCUCGAUGGAUCUAGCGUACCGUUACCAGAACCAUUCGAAGCCGAAAAAGGUGUAAGUCCUGGCCCCGAUAUGGCUUCUCCACACAGAGUUGUAAUUGCUAGUGAAGAGCAAUUCAAAAUCUUCAAUCUUCCAUCCUUAAAACCAUAUUGUAAAUACAAACUUACCGCACACGAGGGUUCACGAGUAAGAAAAACAGGUUUUGCAAAAUUCACAUGCUCAAUGGAACCUGCGGGAACACACGAAGAAACCUGUUUGUUAUGCUUGACUAAUCUCGGAGACUGUUUAGUGCUCAGUAUUCCCGAAUUGAGAAGGCAGCUUAAUGCUGCUGCUAUUAAGAGGGAAGAUAUUAAUGGCAUUUCUUCGUUAACAUUCACGAAAGCUGGCGAAGCGUUAUAUUUGUAUUCAAGUUCAGAACUGCAGCGAAUUUCAUUGUCCGCUAGUAAAGUGACAAAAGCACACUGUGCGCUAAAUUUGCCACCCAACGCCAGAUCAUUUCCUGAAACUAAUAACGACGAAACUCAAGAACAAGGAGUGGUUGAAGGUACAGCUGAAACGGAAGGUGAAACAACACAAGGAAGUCAGCCAGCUACGGUGCAAAGGAUGAUUACAGAGAAUGGUGUGGUGGGUUCCACUGGUGGUGAAGAAUCUCCAAAAGAAUCACCUUUGCAACCAGCUACGAGUACUAAUGAUGUAAAUGGAGAAGAUGACCGUCAAGACUUAAGUUCUAUUGGAGAUAUAACUAUUGAUAGCGUGAAGGACCAUUUACUUAACAGUUCACUUUUCAGAAAUGCAACGUCUUCCGAAGAUCUUCACAGUCGUCUUGCAGGACUUAAGAUGGAAGUAACUUCUCGAACUUCGGAGAUAUCUACUCAAAAUCAAUCCCUUGUGGUAAAGACCACUACCGUUGUUUCGCAAACAACCAACAAUACUACUGCUAACGGCGAGAUUGAAACAAGUCAGACAAAUGAAACACAACAAAUGAACAGCACUACGGUAGAGAGAGAGAUACGCAGCGGUACUGAGACUACAACGACACAUGCUACCAUCACUCUACCCCCAAACGUCGAGAUUAGUGCAGCUGAUUUGGCAAACUUGGAGAUGACGACAACUACAGUGACUACCGAAAAGUCGAAAGCUCCAUUGGCAAGGCCUGAAGAAGUCGGUUCUUAGGAAUAUUGCAAAUUGUCCCGUGUCCUACUCACUGAUUUCAUGCUCUAUACUCAGAGCCACACAAUAAUUAGAUUUUUUGUUACUUAAUGGACUCACGUGUACACAGCGGCGAUAGGUAGAAUUUAUAUAUCGUAGGUUUUUUAAAAAAUCUAGAUUUGUACGCGGCAUUAGCGUUAGCCAUAAACAAUAAGCAAGUGAACUUGGAGUAUUGUAGCGACGAACCAAUCGAGAUAUAUUAACUGCCAAGAUCGUCGAUAUAUUUUACGUUUUAACUAAACAUUCUUACUGCAUUUCUCGCAACAAUCAAUUUUGUAUUGAACAAAAUUUUCGGCGGUUUAGUGGAACUAGGCCUAGGUAAUUUUAAUAAAAUACA